AUGACCAUUCCCAACAUCUUGGACAGUAAAAGGCGUCCUGUCGGAGCUUGUAUUUCUAAAAACUGGCCGCAUCCAGGGAGCGUAUCGAUGCUCAUCCCGAACUAG